ACCUCUGCCAUAUUUAUUUGGUGUAUUUUGAAAACAUUGCCAGUGUGGUCGAUGACGUGGCGAGAGGAGGGUCGCGUCUCGCCGAGCUUCAAAAUGGAUUCCAAUCUACGCGAACAGGUGAUGAUUAACCAGUUCGUCAUGGCGGCGGGAGCGACGAGGGAGCAGGCCAGACAGCUCUUACAAGCGGCCCAUUGGCAGUUUGAGCUCUGCACUCCCGCUAACACCCCUGCAACGCCCCCCGCCUUUCCCGACGCCUUGGCCGCCUUCAGUAAGAUGUCCACGCAAGAGCGGCUCUCGUCCUCCCCGUCAGGUGGGUGUGGGGGGUAG